CGGGGGAGGAGGAAGUGUUGGAUUUCAGCGCUAAGGCCUCGGCGGUGCACCUCACGUGCGUGUGUAGCACGCCGUAGUUUUUCCUUUGGCAUCUGAAAAAGGCACAACCUGAAAGACCCAGAACCCAGUUUCGGCUCCCAGGUCCUUUGGGACAGGAAGAGAAGAGCUGUGUGGCCGCGGGGAGGCUGUCCUGCGGCGGGGCGGGCCUCGCGGACGCACUGGACUCCAUCGCCCAGCGGGCGCCGCGGCGCUGUCACGCCCCGCCCUCCCCGCGCGCGCCCGGAGGAGACUUCGGUUUUCAGAAUUCCUCCCGGGAAUGCUGACUCCUUGCUUGGUGCCCUGAUGCUUCUCUGAGAUGAACUGAUGAAUUGGAACCAUGGUGCAAAAGAAGAAGUUCUGUCCUCGGUUACUUGACUAUCUAGUGAUCGUAGGGGCCAGGCACCCGAGCAGUGACAGCGUGGCCCAGACUCCUGAACUGCUACGACGAUACCCCUUAGAGGAUCACGCUGAGUUUCCCCUGCCCCCAGAUGUCGUGUUCUUCUGCCAACCCGAGGGCUGCCUGAGCGUGCGGCAGCGGCGCAUGAGCCUCCGGGAUGAUACCUCUUUUGUCUUCACCCUCACUGACAAGGACACUGGAGUCACGCGAUACGGCAUCUGUGUUAACUUCUACCGCUCAUUCCAGAAGCGAAUCCCUAAGGAGAAGGGGGAAGUGGGGGCAGGAUCCCAUGGGAAGGAAGGAACCCGCGCCACCUGUGCCUCAGAAGAGGGUGGCACCGAGAGCUCAGAGAGUGGCUCAUCCCUGCAGCCUCCCAGUGCCGACUCUACCCCUGAUGUGAACCAGUCUCCUCGGGGCAAACGCCGGGCCAAGGCGGGGAGCCGCUCCCGCAACAGUACUCUCACGUCCCUGUGCGUGCUCAGUCACUACCCUUUUUUCUCCACCUUCCGAGAGUGUCUGUAUACCCUCAAGCGCCUGGUGGACUGCUGUAGUGAGCGCCUGCUGGGCAAGAAACUGGGCAUCCCUCGAGGCGUACAAAGGGACACCAUGUGGCGGAUCUUUACGGGAUCGCUGCUGGUGGAAGAGAAGUCAAGUGCCCUUCUGCAUGACCUUCGAGAGAUUGAGGCCUGGAUCUAUCGAUUGCUGCGCUCCCCAGUACCCGUCUCUGGGCAGAAGCGAGUAGACAUCGAGGUCCUACCCCAAGAGCUCCAGCCAGCUCUCACCUUUGCUCUUCCAGACCCAUCUCGAUUCACCCUAGUGGAUUUCCCACUGCACCUUCCCUUGGAACUUCUAGGUGUGGAUGCCUGUCUCCAGGUGCUAACCUGCAUUCUGUUAGAGCAUAAGGUGGUGCUACAGUCCCGAGACUACAAUGCACUCUCCAUGUCUGUGAUGGCAUUCGUGGCAAUGAUCUAUCCACUGGAGUACAUGUUUCCUGUCAUCCCGCUGCUUCCCACCUGCAUGGCAUCAGCAGAGCAGCUGCUGUUGGCUCCAACUCCGUACAUCAUUGGGGUUCCUGCCAGCUUCUUCCUCUACAAACUGGACUUCAAAAUGCCUGAUGAUGUAUGGCUAGUGGAUCUGGACAGCAACAGGGUGAUUGCCCCCACCAAUGCAGAAGUGCUGCCUAUUCUGCCAGAACCAGAGUCACUAGAGCUGAAAAAGCAUUUAAAGCAGGCCUUGGCCAGCAUGAGCCUCAACACCCAGCCCAUCCUCAAUCUGGAGAAAUUUCAUGAGGGCCAGGAGAUCCCCCUUCUCUUGGGAAGGCCUUCUAAUGACCUGCAGUCCACACCCUCCACUGAAUUCAACCCACUGAUCUAUGGCAAUGAUGUGGAUUCUGUGGAUGUUGCAACCAGGGUCGCCAUGGUACGGUUCUUCAACUCUGCCAACGUGCUACAGGGAUUUCAGAUGCACACACGUACCCUGCGCCUCUUCCCUCGGCCUGUGGUAGCUUUUCAAGCUGGCUCCUUUCUAGCCUCACGUCCCCGCCAGACUCCUUUUGCCGAGAAAUUGGCCAGAACUCAAGCUGUGGAGUACUUUGGGGAAUGGAUCCUUAACCCCACCAACUAUGCCUUUCAGCGAAUUCACAACAAUAUGUUUGAUCCAGCCCUGAUUGGUGACAAGCCGAAGUGGUAUGCUCAUCAGCUGCAGCCUAUCCACUAUCGUGUCUAUGACAGCAAUUCCCAGCUGGCUGAGGCCCUGAGUGUACCACCAGAGCGGGACUCUGACUCCGAACCUACUGAUGAUAGUGGCAGUGAUAGUAUGGAUUAUGACGAUUCAAGCUCUUCUUACUCCUCCCUUGGUGACUUUGUCAGUGAAAUGAUGAAAUGUGACAUUAAUGGUGAUACUCCCAAUGUGGACCCUCUGACGCAUGCAGCACUGGGGGAUGCCAGCGAGGUGGAGAUUGACGAGCUGCAGAAUCAGAAGGAAGCAGAAGAACCUGGCCUAGACAGUGAGAACUCUCAGGAAAACCCCCCACUGCGCUCCAGCUCCAGCACCACUGCCAGCAGCAGCCCCAGCACCAUCAUCCACGGAGCCAACUCUGAACCUGCUGACUCUACGGAGAUGGAUGAUAAGGCAGCAGUAGGCGUCUCCAAGCCCCUCCCUUCCGUGCCUCCCAGCAUUGGCAAGUCGAACGUGGACAGACGUCAGGCAGAAAUUGGAGAGGGGUCAGUGUGCCGACGAAUCUAUGACAAUCCAUACUUCGAGCCCCAAUAUGGCUUUCCCCCUGAGGAAGAUGAGGAUGAGCAGGGGGAAAGUUACACUCCCCGAUUCAGCCAACAUGUCAAUGGCAAUCGGGCUCAAAAGCUGCUGCGGCCCAACAGCUUGAGACUGGCAAGUGACUCAGAUGCAGAGUCAGACUCUCGGGCAAGCUCUCCCAACUCCACCGUCUCCAACACCAGCACCGAGGGCUUCGGGGGCAUCAUGUCUUUUGCCAGCAGCCUCUAUCGGAACCACAGUACCAGCUUCAGUCUUUCAAACCUCACACUGCCCACCAAAGGUGUCCGAGAGAAGGCCACACCCUUCCCCAGUCUGAAAGUAUUUGGGCUAAAUACUCUAAUGGAGAUUGUUACUGAAGCCGGCCCCGGGAGUGGUGAAGGAAACAGGAGGGCGUUAGUGGAUCAGAAGUCAUCUGUCAUUAAACACAGCCCAACAGUGAAAAGAGAACCUCCAUCACCCCAGGGUCGAUCCAGCAACUCUAGUGAGAACCAGCAGUUCCUGAAGGAGGUGGUACACAACGUGCUGGACGGCCAGGGAGUUGGCUGGCUCAACAUGAAAAAGGUGCGCCGGCUCCUGGAGAGCGAGCAACUGCGAGUCUUUGUCCUGAGCAAGCUGAACCGCACGGUGCAGUCAGAGGACGAUGCCCGGCAGGACAUUAUCCCGGAUGUGGAGAUCAGUCGGAAGGUGUACAAGGGAAUGUUAGACCUCCUCAAGUGUACAAUCCUCAGCCUGGAGCAGUCCUAUGCCCAUGCGGGUCUGGGUGGCAUGGCCAGCAUCUUUGGGCUUCUGGAGAUCGCCCAGACCCACUACUAUAGUAAAGAACCAGACAAGCGGAAGAGAAGUCCAACAGAAAGUGUAAAUACCCCAGUUGGCAAGGAUCCUGGCCUAGCUGGGCGGGGGGACCCAAAGGCUAUGGCACAGCUGAGAGUUCCCCAGGUGGGACCUCGGGCACCAAGUGCCACAGGAAAGGGUCCUAAGGAACUGGACACCAGAAGUUUAAAGGAAGAAAAUUUUAUAGCGUCUAUUGGGCCUGAAGUUAUCAAACCUGUCUUUGACCUUGGUGAGACAGAGGAGAAAAAGUCCCAGAUCAGCGCAGACAGUGGUGUGAGCCUGACGUCUAGUUCCCAGAGGACUGAUCAAGACUCUGUCAUCAGCGUGAGUCCAGCUGUUAUGAUCCGCAGCUCAAGUCAGGAUUCUGAAGUUAGCACCGUGGUGAGUAAUAGCUCUGGAGAGACUCUUGGAGCUGACAGUGACUUGAGCAGCAAUGCAGGUGAUGGACCAGGUGGCGAGGGCAGUGUUCACCUGGCAAGCUCUCGGGGCACUUUGUCUGAUAGUGAAAUUGAGACCAACUCUGCCACAAGCACCAUCUUUGGUAAAGCCCACAGCUUGAAGCCAAGCGUAAAGGAGAAGCUGGCAGGCAGCCCCAUUCGCACUUCUGAAGAUGUGAGCCAGCGAGUCUAUCUCUAUGAGGGACUCCUAGGCAAAGAGCGUUCUACUUUAUGGGACCAAAUGCAAUUCUGGGAAGAUGCCUUCUUAGAUGCUGUGAUGUUGGAGAGAGAAGGCAUGGGUAUGGACCAGGGUCCCCAGGAAAUGAUCGACAGGUACCUGUCCCUGGGAGAACAUGACCGGAAGCGCCUGGAAGAUGAUGAAGAUCGCUUGCUGGCCACCCUUUUGCACAACCUCAUCUCCUACAUGCUGCUGAUGAAGGUAAAUAAGAAUGACAUCCGUAAGAAGGUGAGGCGCCUAAUGGGAAAGUCGCACAUUGGGCUUGUGUACAGCCAGCAAAUCAAUGAGGUGCUUGAUCAGCUGGCGAACCUGAAUGGACGCGAUCUCUCUAUCUGGUCCAGUGGCAGCCGGCAUAUGAAGAAGCAGACAUUUGUGGUACAUGCAGGGACAGAUACAAACGGAGAUAUCUUUUUCAUGGAGGUGUGCGAUGACUGUGUGGUGUUGCGUAGUAACAUUGGAACAGUGUAUGAGCGCUGGUGGUACGAGAAGCUCAUCAACAUGACCUACUGUCCCAAGACCAAGGUGUUGUGCUUGUGGCGUAGAAAUGGCUCUGAGACUCAGCUCAACAAGUUCUAUACUAAAAAGUGUCGGGAGCUGUACUACUGUGUGAAGGACAGCAUGGAGCGCGCUGCCGCCCGACAGCAAAGCAUCAAACCCGGACCUGAAUUGGGUGGCGAGUUCCCUGUGCAGGACAUGAAGACUGGUGAGGGUGGCCUGCUGCAGGUCACUCUGGAAGGGAUCAACCUCAAGUUCAUGCACAAUCAGGAGCGGAAGGUUUUCAUAGAGCUGAAUCACAUUAAAAAGUGCAAUACAGUUCGAGGCGUCUUUGUCCUGGAGGAAUUUGUUCCUGAAAUUAAAGAAGUGGUGAGCCACAAGUACAAGACACCAAUGGCCCACGAAAUCUGCUACUCUGUAUUGUGUCUCUUCUCGUACGUGGCUGCAGUUCGUAGCAGUGAGGAAGAUCUCAGAACCCCACCCCGGCCUGUCUCUAGCUGAUGGAGAGGGGCUACGAAGCCGCCCCAGCCCAGGGCACGCCCCUGGCCCCUUUCUGUUCCCAAGUGCACGAUGCUGCUGUGACUGAGGAGUGGACGAUGCUUGUGUGUCCUCUGCAAGCCCCUGCUGUGGCUUAGUUGGUUACCGGUUGUGUGUCCCUCUGAGUGUGUCUUUGAGCGUGUCCACCUUCUCCCUCUCCAGUCCCAGAAGACCAAACUGCCUUCCCCUCAGGGCUCAAGAGUGUGUGUCUGUGGGGCUGGUGUGAACCCACUAUUGUGUGUCCUUGAGACAUUUGUGUUGUGGUUCCUUGUCCUUGUCCCUGGCGUUGUAACUGUCCACUGCAAGAGUCUGGCUCUCCCUUCUCUUUGACCCGGCAUGACUGGGCACCCGGAGCAGUUUCACUCUGUGAGGAAUGAGGGAACCCUGGGGCUCGCCCUCUCAGAGGAAGGGCACAGAGAGGAAGGGAAGAAUUGGGGGGUAGCCGGAGCAAGUGGCAGCCUCCCUGCUUCCUUCUGCAUUCCCAAGCUGGCAGCUACUGCCUGGGGCCCGCAAGCGUGGGCUGCUGUCUGCUACAGCCUUCGUCACUGCGGUGGAGCAGCGAAUUCCCUGUGGCCUGCCACGCCUUCGGCAUCAGAGGACGGAGUGGGCGAGGCUCGUGGAGUCCCAGGGACCGCUGGCUGCUCUGCCUGAGCAUCAGGGAGCGGGCAGGAAAGACCAAGCUGGGUUUGCACAUCUGUGUCUGCAGGCUGUGUCUCCAGGCAUGGGGUGCCAGGAGGGAGAGGCAGCCUGGGCAUGGGCAAGAGAUGACUGUAAAUAUUUCAGCCCCACAUUAUUUAUAGAAAAUGUACAGCUGUGUGAAUGUGAAAUAAAUGUCCUUGACUCCC